GCUCGGAAAUGGCGUCCGAACUAUAAAUAUCCUCUUGGGCUUUAUGUCUUUCAUCAGUUGGUGGCAAAGGUGCGCUCAGUGCAGUUACCGCAAAAAUGCUAUGAAAAUCAAUGAAUUAUUAAUCGGGAAACAAAGCCAAGGCUUUUCUACUGUCAGUGAAAACGUUCGACAUGGCCACCUACAGCCGGCUGCUGUUCCGCGCUGUGCGCAUCUACUGGAGGGCCAUCUUCGUGGUGGUGUAUCCUCUGGUGCUCCUGCCGGUGUUCCUGCACAACAAUGUGGCCGCCUUCAGGUGCCUGUACGUGGUGCUGCUGAUGGCCGGCUACUGGGUGUUUGAGGCGCUGCCGCUUCCGGUCACUUCGCUCAUUCCCAUGGUGCUGUUUCCGCUCAUGGGCAUCUUGGAUUCGGACAAGACGUCGCUGUGUUAUCUCAAGGAGACGAACAUGAUGUUUGUGGGCGGGCUGGUGAUUGCCAUCGCUGUGGAGUAUUGCAAUCUGCACACGAGGGUGGCCUUGUAUGUGAUACAGUUGGUGGGCUGUAGCCCCAGGAAGCUAAACUUUGGCCUGGUCACGGUCACAAUGUUCGUCUCAAUGUGGAUCUCAAACACUGCCGCCACAGCAAUGAUGAUUCCAAUCAUCGAAGCCACACUCAAAGAACUCGAAACGCAAGGAAUCGGCGAAAUGUACGAAUCAAACUCAUUGGACGACAAUGACAAAAUCGAAUCGGUUGAUUCCGACCCUAAAAAGCCCACUCGAACAACAAUGUGCUACUUUAUCAGCACUGCCUACGCUGCCAGCAUUGGGGGAAUGGGCUGUAUCGUAGGAAGUGGCACCAACUUAACUUUCAAGGGGAUUUACGAGACCAGUUUCCCGGAAAGCCCCGGAAUUGAGUUCGCCAAAUGGAUGCUGCUCAACGUGCCCAUGAUGAUUUUAAUGAUGUACUUGUCCCUCAUCUGGCUCCAGACGAUGUUCAUGGGCUUGUUCCGUCCCAACUCCCAAGACGCCAAAAAAAUCCGCGUUGGCAGUCAAGGCGCGGCCGUGGCGCGUAAGCUAAUCCGAACCAAAAUAAACGAAAUGGGCCCCAUGUCCUUCCACGAGGGGGCUGUUGCAGCCUUAUUCUGCCUCUCAGUGUUGCUUUGGUUCUUCCGAAAGCCGCAGUUUAUAGUAGGCUGGGCCGAACUUAUAACCCAGCACAAGGUCAAGGACGCCACAGCCGCCUUGAUCGUCGUUCUUUUGCUGUUUAUAAUCCCAGCACGUCCAGAUUUCAUCUACAUUUUGAGCAAGGACGAGUCCAAACGGCCGAAAACGCCCUCACCCCCGUUAAUAACCUGGAAGGUCAUCCAGCAUAAGCUCCCCUGGGGGCUGAUUUUCCUGCUCGGGGGCGGUUUCGCGCUGGCCGAAGCCUCGAAAGAGAGCCAGAUGAGUAAACUAAUAGCUGACCAUUUGCACGGAAUGGCGGAAUUGCCGAAAUUCGCUGUGAUGGUCAUUUCGUGCGUGUUUGCCACGGUUCUGACGCAGUUUUCCAGCAACGUUGCCGUGGCAAAUGUGCUGUUGCCGGUUUUGGCCGAAAUGGCCAAAGUGGCAAAAGUGCACCCCCUGUAUCUAAUGCUGCCAACGUCGCUGUGCUGCUCGUUCGCCUAUUGCCUGCCGGUGAGCACGCCCCCGAACGCCAUCGCCGCCGCCCCCUGCAACAUGUCCUCCACCGAUAUGGUGAAGGCGGGCCUGGGGGUGGCGGUCAUUUCGCUGCUGGUGCUGUUCGCCGUGUUCCCCUUCCUGGGGGCGGCGAUUUGGGAUUUGGACACGUAUCCGGAGUGGGUGGAGUGAAAAGACUGACGUCGUGAUGAUGAUUUUUUUUGGUUUUUUAUUUGACGAUGUAUUAUAUUUAUGGACUAUUUAAUUAAGUGUACAGAUUUUUGAUUCCAUUUCGAAUAAAAUUGAUAAGAAUU